AUGAACAUCAACAGUGCCCCCAAAGAGAUAAGAGUCAACAACAAUGCCAAAACACUCUCCACUAGCUCAAAACCUUCCAAAGACAUCCCAUUAAGUGGUGAGCAAAUGCAAGUAACCGAUUACUACUACAUAGAAUGGCCUUUGUUUCGCCCUAGAACGGUAGUCCAACUAGUCAGUGGUGGAAACGAAACAUGCCCACUUGAUGUGGGCCCACGUACACAAUUAGUCGGUGGCAUCCCAGCGAGGAUUUCGCCUGUGAACUCCGACGAUGGUGUGGUCCGUGAAUUCACUGAUCUCAACAUCAAAUUCGUUUGGGUACCACCAUGUGCUCAGUCUGGUGUGUGGAAUGUUCAGUACGAUGAAGAGUCUGAAGAAUAUUUUGUGAGAGUUGGUGGAGUAGAGGGAAACCCUGAUUGUGAAACCAUAACCAAUUGGUUUAAGAUUGAAAAACUUGGAGAUUACUACAAGCUCGUUUUCUGUCCAAGUGUCUGUAACAAUCAUUACUGCAACGCCAUUUGUAAAGAUGUUGGCCGUGAUUCCGAGGGUCGCUUCGACAGUGCAGUUGAGAAUUUGGGUUAG